AUGGGCAAAGACGACGAGCAAAAGACUUACCGUUAUAAUGAGACUCCGGUCUACACCACAUCCAAUGGCUGUCCUGUAAUGGACCCUCAAGCCUCCCAGCGGGUUGGCUCCAACGGGCCUCUCCUCCUCCAGGACUUCCACCUGAUCGACCUUCUCGCCUCAUUCGACCGUGAGCGCAUUCCUGAGCGAGUGGUCCACGCCAAGGGCGCUGGCGCCUAUGGCGAGUUCGAGGUUACCGACGAUAUCAGUGACAUCACGGUCAUUGACAUGCUCAAGGGAGUUGGCAAGAAGACCAAGAACUUUGUCCGUUUUUCAACCGUUGGAGGUGAAAAGGGCUCUCCCGACAGUGCGCGCGAUCCUCGAGGAUUUGCUCUUAAAUUCUACACUGAGGAGGGUAACUGGGACUGGGUCUUCAACAACACUCCUGUCUUCUUCCUGCGCGACCCUAGCAAAUUCCCCAUGUUCAUCCACACCCAAAAGCGCAACCCCCAAACCAACCUCAAGGACGCAACCAUGUUCUGGGACUACCUCUCUACCCACCAGGAGGCCGUUCACCAGGUCAUGCACCUCUUCAGCGACCGCGGCACCCCCUACUCUUACCGCCACAUGAACGGCUACUCCGGUCACACCUACAAGUGGAUCAAGCCCGACGGCACCUUCAACUACGUCCAGCUCCACCUGAAGACAGACCAGGGCAACAAGACCUUCACCAAUGCUGAAGCCGGUCGCCUAUCCGCUGAGAACCCCGACUGGCACACCCAGGACCUUUUCAGCGCCAUCGCCCGCGGCGAGCACCCUUCGUGGACCUGCUACGUCCAGGUCCUGAGCCCCGAGCAGGCCCAAAAGUUCCGCUGGAACAUCUUUGACCUCACCAAGGUCUGGCCUCAAUCCGAAGUUCCCCUCCGCCGCUUCGGCCGCUUCACUCUCAACAAGAACCCCGAAAACUACUUUGCCGAAGUCGAGCAAGCCGCCUUCUCCCCCUCCCACAUGGUCCCAGGUGUCGAAGCCUCCGCCGACCCAGUCCUCCAAUCCCGCCUUUUCUCAUACCCAGACACCCACCGCCACCGUCUCGGCACCUCAAACUACCAAGCCAUCCCCGUCAACUGCCCCCUCAAGUCAUUCACACCCUUCCACCGCGACGGUGUCAUGAGUGUACACGGCAACCACGGCGCAAACCCGAACUACCCAUCCACCUUCCGUCCUCUGCAAUACAAGCCCGUCAAGGCCUCUCAAGAACACGAGAAGUGGGCCGGUGCUGUUGUCGCCGAGCAGCUCCCCGUCACAGACGAGGACUACGUCCAGGCAAACGGCCUUUGGCAGGUUCUCGGCCGCCAGCCCGGACAGCAGGAUAACUUCGUUGGUAACGUUGCGGGACACCUGUGCAAUGCCCACCCGAGGGUCCGCCAGGCGACGUACGGAAUGUUCCGCCGCGUGAACCCUGACCUUGGCGCGAGACUUGAGAAGGCUACCGAGGGAAAUGUCACUGAUGCUGCUAAGGCUCGUUUGUAA